UGAUUGGCGUCUCCGCCCGCUGGACUGGUCCGUCUUGACGGUUGUCCAACCGGCUGUCUUGACGUGCACAAUAGUCACUGCGUUGACGAGCGCAUCAUUGUAAACAGGUCCGUGGUGUAUAGUUUGCUGAGAUACUAAGUUAUCAUUUUUCUCUUACCCUGACGUUGUGACGAGGGACGUUAAACUUAAAAAUAAAAUCCUUGUAGUUUGGUCGACUCCAACUGUCUUAUGCUACGUUGAGCAGCUAAUAGUUAGGCUACGCUUCACUGCUAGCCCCCAUUGACGGAGUGACAAGUCCGCUGACGAUUUAACUUGUUUAAUGCAUACGGAAAGAUUGUCAGCAUGUUGCAGUGAGUGAUGCAAGUGCUGGUAUUAGGGAUGGCCAUCUGGGGGGCGCAAGCUUGCUCUGACUCACAAAGCUGUACGACAACGCUGCCACCCAAUGCCACCUCCAAAGAGUACUGCUACUCGGCCCGAAUUCGCAGCACGGUGCUGCAGGGCUUGCCCUUUGGUGGCGUACCAACUGUUCUCGCCCUUGACUUCAUGUGCUUUUUGGGCUUGCUGUUCGUGUUCUCUUUCUUGCGAAAAGUAGCGUGGGACUAUGGACGUCUCGCCCUGGUCUCUGAUGCUGACAGGAGAAUGGAUCAGCGUUACAGUCGUCUGGAUGAUCGGGAAUAUGCGGUCGCUGCCUUAACAGAGGCACCUGAACGCUAUGAGCGCCUCACCUCAGUUUCCAGCUCGGUUGACAUAGAUCAAAGAGACACAGGGUUCUGUUCCUGGCUCACUGCCAUCUUCCGAAUCAAGGAUGAUGAGAUAAGGGAGAAGUGUGGGGAGGAUGCAGUGCAUUAUUUGUCCUUCCAGCGCCACAUCAUUGGCCUGUUGGUCGUGGUGGGUGUGCUCUCUGUUGGCAUCAUCUUGCCUGUUAACUUCUCAGGAAACCUACUUGAAAACAACGCUUAUAAUUUUGGAAGAACUACUAUAGCAAAUCUAGAUGCAGAUAAUGCACUUUUGUGGCUGCACACCAUAUUUGCAUUCCUUUACCUGUUACUGACAGUAUGCAGCAUGAGAAGACACACCUCCAAGAUGCACUACGCAGAAGAUGACUUGGUCAAACGAACAUUAUUUGUCAAUGGACUCUCCAAAUAUGCAGAAGAAACAGAAAUAAAGCAACACUUUGAGCAAGCGUAUGAAAACUGUGCUGUGCUGGAAGCUCGCAUCUGUUACAAUGUGGCCAGGCUGAUGUAUCUGAACUCUGAAAGGAAGAAAGCUGAGCGCAGCAAAAAAUUUUUCCUUGAUCUGCAGGCCAAAGAGCACAUGGCCACCAUGAUAAACCCAAAGCCAUGUGGACACCUUUGCUGUUGCAUCAUCAAAGGUUGCGAGCAGGAAGAGGCUGUGAGUUAUUAUACCAAGCUGGAAGCUCAAUUAAAAGAUGGCUACCGGAAGGAAAGAGAGAAGGUCAACAGGAAACCUUUAGGAAUGGCAUUUGUCACCUUUCAAAACGAAUCCAUAACUGCUAUAAUCUUGAAGGACUUCAACGCUUGCAAAUGUCAUGGCUGCCACUGUCGCCGAGAGCCUCGGAGCUCUGCAUUUAGUGACAAACUCCAGACACACAACUGGACUGUGAGCUAUGCCCCCGAUCCACACAAUGUCUACUGGGAGCAUCUGUCAUUGGGAGGAUUCUCGUGGUGGAUCCGCUGCUUGAUCAUAAACUGUGUCCUCUUCCUCCUCCUAUUCUUCCUCACCACACCAGCCAUCAUUAUCUCGACCAUGGACAAGUUCAAUGUUACCAAACCAGUGGAGUACCUUAACAAUCCAAUUAUCACUCAAUUUUUCCCCACCCUCCUCCUGUGGUCCUUCUCUGCCUUACUUCCUACCAUUGUCUACUACUCUGCCUUCUUUGAAGCCCAUUGGACGCGGUCUGGCGAGAACAGAACUACUAUGCACAAAUGCUACACGUUUCUAAUCUUUAUGGUGCUCCUACUGCCCUCCCUUGGUUUAAGCAGUUUGGAUGUGUUCUUCCGGUGGCUUUUUGACAAAAGAUUCUUGGCAGAUGCGAAAGUGAGAUUUGAGUGCGUGUUCCUUCCUGACAAUGGAGCUUUCUUUGUCAACUAUGUCAUUGCAUCUGCAUUCAUUGGCAAUGCCAUGGACCUGCUCAGGAUCCCCGGUCUGCUUAUGUACAUGAUCCGCCUUUGCCUUGCUCGAUCUGCAGCCGAGCGCAGGAACGUCAAGAGGCAUCAAGCUUACGAGUUCCAGUUUGGAGCGGCUUAUGCCUGGAUGAUGUGUGUCUUCACAGUGGUUAUGACCUACAGCAUCACCUGCCCAAUCAUUGUCCCCUUCGGGCUGAUGUAUAUGCUGCUCAAACACCUAGCAGACAGGUACAACAUGUACUAUGCUUACCUGCCUUCCAAACUGGACAAGAAGAUCCAUUCUGGAGCCGUCAACCAAGUGGUGGCUGCUCCAAUUCUCUGUCUAUUUUGGCUUCUUUUCUUCUCCACGAUGCGCUCUGGGUUUUCAGCAGCAAUCUCCAUGUUCACGUUCAUAGUUUUGAUCAUCACAAUCACUGUCUGCCUCUUGCACGUCUGCUUUGGACAUUUUAAAUAUUUGAGCGCACACAACUACAAGAUUGACACUCAAGAAUCAGAUGUGCCUGUGAAUGGGCAUAUAGAGUGCACUACUGACUCCAACAAAGCUGCACAGAUGUACAUCGCUGAGGUUCUGCAAGAUCCAAAUUCAGAGGAGGCCGGAUCAGGCAGUGGCGAGGACGAUGGUCAGGGGUCGUCACAAGAUGAGGAAAUAAUCAAUGUGGAAAAUGGCCUCAACGAGGACUUCCAAUCUGGAGAAGACAGCCUCAUCGAUAAUGAAGUGCGACACUGAGACAGCAGAAAGUUCAAAGUCACUGAGAAGAAUGCACUGAAUACAUGGACUGGAAGAGAGCCGACAAGUUCAUCAAAGCAUCUCAAUUUGACAGAGGGAUGUAAAACUAAUGGAUGCGUGUUGUCUACUAAUGAUUACAUGGAUUCUAGCUCAAGGAUUCUUACAUACUUACACCAGGACUACUUGCACAAGGAAUGCAUGAGCAGCAAAGCCCAUCCGAUCAACCUCCACAGGGCAUGGACCCAGGGAAAAGACACAAAGGUAGACACGACCACGAUGGUCCUGUCUUGAAGGGAAUGAUGUUCUCUCCUCGUCCUCAACAUCAUUGCACGCGUAACAAGAAGACUUCGAACUCCAGUAAGCUUGACUUUCCACAAAGGUACCGUCGAUUGCGUGUCUUCAAGAAGUGGCGGGUUCCCCAUAAUCAUCUGCUAGUACCCCAAAAUGUCCCCACUCAGCGCUCCAUAUGGAAUGUGGUUAUCAAGUUGAGGUGCAGAUGUUUCCGCAACGCUCAUGCAAACCCAUAGAAGCCUAAAAGAGAAGAUGCCUAUUUUCUUUUAGCACAUGACCUUCUUGGGCAUUGAUUGGAACACAUUUCCUUCCCACUGUGGAAGAUGAGCGGUAUCUUAGGACACUACAGUGAAGCGAUGCAGCCAGUUAGGAUUGCUGUUGGACUGCUGCUCCUGACCCCGAUACAAGAGAACUUUGGGUUGAAUAGGAUGGACAGGUUGGUGGGUCAGUCUGGUAUGAUAGUUAGCUGUUUUCUGUUUUUUUUUUUUCCUUCCCCCAUAGGUUUACAUAUUUACGCACAGAUACUGACAUUUUCAUUCAUUUUAUGGUGGAAACUGGAUAAUGACUAGUUUGUCACGGACUUGUCCUUGUUAACUUUUGCAGAGGCACUUGAUCACAUAGAUCCUGUUAGGUGUAUUAAAAGUGGUUUGUAGCCAUUUAAAGCCUCCCCAAGCUGAUUUGUAAAUUCAUGAAAUUGCGUACGAUCUAUGAUAAAA